AGAAUAAAAAAGAGUCUAUUAGAAUAAAAAUAGAGUCUAUACUACAUAUGUGACUUUCUUUUUCUGGUCGACACGGCAAUUAGAAAAGUCAAUGGUAUAUUAGGCCAUUUGAGUUAAGCAUGAAAAGACCCUUGCCAAAAGUUAGAAAAACAUAUUGUAUAUGGUCGGAUUUGAACCAAUACCGGUUUCAUUAAAAGAAUCAAGAUGUUAACAAUAGCAUUAGCAUCCAAAUUAAGACUAGAAAUGAUGAUCAUUUUCUUUUCUCUUUUUUUUUUUGGGUUGGGAAGAGAUGAUCUUGAUCUCAAUAAGAGAAGAUAUAUAUAUAUAUAUUAAAAAAAUCUUGAUCUCAAUCAGAAUCGGUUGUUUCCUAGUAUCAGAAUAUAAUAAGUAGAGUUUAUGCCACAUGUACAUAUCAUUAAUCUUAUGAUGCGUAUAUAAGCUAUUGUACAGCACAAUUAUUCAUUAAUGAGAAAAUCAGUUUGUUAACUAAACUCUAAUAUGGUAUCAGAGCGAUAAGCGUUUUCUCGUUCAACGAACUUUCUAGGAAACAUUUUUUUCCAGGAAAAUCUCACUUUCUUAAGCAUUCCGCACCAAUUUUUCUUUCAAAUUCUCUUUGAUUUCUUCGGUUUCUUCCGAGAAGUCCUUCUGUUUUUGGAUUCCAUUUCAGCUUAUAGUAUUCAUCUUCUCUCGGUUUCCAUCUUCUUCAAUUAGUGAUGGCGAGAAAAGGAAUUAAGCUCAGGAAUCGAUCUCUUCCAUCAGAUCCAGACGAUGCUUCACCUCGCGUCAGUAAACCUUCUUCUUCGGGUAAAUCCUCUUCAAGCAAGGAGAUUCCGCAUCGCGAAGCGUCUUCAAUUCCUCUGAUUGCUCCCAAUCAUGUUUCUCCAGGUUAUGAUUCUAUCGAUAGCAUCCAUAAUCCAUUUUGCUUGUUAUCUGGUGAUCAUCCUGGAAUGAAUCUAGUUUCUGAUAUACUUACUGGAGAAAACUACAACACUUGGAUCAUAAAUAUGCGCACAAGUCUAGAGGCUAAGAAUAAGAUUAGCUUUGUUGAUGGUUCACUCCCUAGGCCAGCUGAAUCGGAUCCUCUUUACAAGAUCUGGACUCGUUGUAAUAGUAUGGUCAAGGCUUGGAUCUUAAAUGCCGUCUCGAAGCAAAUCUCUGCAAGUAUCCUUUACUUUGAUGAUGCCUCUGACAUGUGGAUUGAUUUACACAAUCGAUUCCAUAAGAGCAACUUACCUUUGAUCUACAAUCUGGAUAAUGAGAUUUAUUCUCUUCGUCAAGGUGAUAUGGAUCUUUCUGAAUACUACACAAAGAUGGUAACUAUUUGGGAACGAUUGGCUUGUACAAAGAAUCUUAUUGAGAAAGGUGGUUGUAGAUGUUCUCAAGUGCAGAAACUCUUAGCUGAUCAUGAGACAACUCGAAUUGUCCAAUUCUUGAUGGGGCUUAAUGAUGAAUUUGCUGCUACACGAACUCAAAUUCUCAACACUAAGCCACGUCCUUCUUUAUCAGACAUGUAUAACAUGCUAGACCAGGAUGAAGGACAGAGAAAGAAGAAAGCACUACAGUACUCGGCUCCUACAGCUUUUCAGAUGCACGGACAAGUCAAUUCUCAAGGUAACCGAUCUAACAAUCAAGGAAAAUCCAGACCUUCUUGUACUCAUUGUGGGCUUUCUGGACACACUGUUGAUCAUUGUUACAAGGUUCACGGAUACCCUCCUGGUUGGAAACCAAAGAAUCAGAGACAGCCACAGAAAUUCUCAGCUCCUAUGUCUGCUAAUAUGGCCUUGACUGAUUCAGUGACCACUACAGAAAUGGGAAUUGAUUUGACAAAGGAUCAGAUACAACAGUUGAUUGCUUAUUUCUCAUCUAAGCUUCAACCUCAGACUGCUGCAAUCACAGAAGUCAACAAUGAUGUGGCUAGUUCGAGUAUCAAUCCUGCAAUCUGUCAAGUGACUGGAUCGUACAAGGGUAUUGACGAUUGGCAAGGGUAGAUUGCAUUCAAAUCUUUACUUUCUCGAUGUUAGCUCUCUUCAGGCUACACCAGAACCUGUUAUCUGCAGCACUUACAAGAAUGAGACAGAGUUAUGGCAUCAAAGAUUGGGACAUCCCUCACUUCAGAAGUUGGAGUUGCUUUCUGAUAUGUUGUCAAUUUCUUUUUCCAAGAAUAAGAGUUCAAGUCAUUCACAUUGUAAGACAUGUCAUUUGGCUAAACAAAAACACUUGCCUUUUGUUUCUCGG